GCUCUCUCCUUUCUGUCAGCGGCUGUCAGAAGAAAAGGAGGAAGAGGAGGAAGGGAAGCCAGUGCGGCGACAGCAGCUCACUCCGCUGACGGACAAGACAGCAACACCUCAACAAACAAGCAGCCACUUCUCUCAACUCCAACAACUAUUUGUUGUUGUUGCUCUGCUUCAAUAAGCGCUCUUUUUUCUUUAUUUUUUUUUUCCACUCCCUUUCUCUCUUUUCUGCGCACCAACAACUUCGACGUGCCGAGCGGUUUAAAUUGAGCAGCGCGGAGCAGGAGCCCCUGAACUCGGCAGAAUGGCAGACUCGGCGGCCACCAACAGCGACGGGGAGGACGGACCCAAGCAGCCCAUGAGGGGCUUCGCGCGCCAGGGUGCGCUCCGGCAGAAGAACGUGCACGAGGUGAAGGACCACAAAUUCAUCGCGCGCUUCUUCAAGCAGCCCACCUUCUGCAGCCACUGCACCGACUUCAUCUGGGGAUUUGGGAAGCAAGGAUUCCAGUGUCAAGUGUGCUGUUUCGUGGUUCAUAAACGCUGCCAUGAGUUUGUCACUUUCUCCUGUCCAGGCGCGGACAAAGGACCGGCCUCAGACGACCCGAGGGCAAAGCAUAAAUUCAAGAUCCACACCUACUCCAGCCCCACCUUCUGCGACCACUGCGGCUCCCUGCUCUACGGCCUCAUCCACCAGGGGAUGAGAUGCGACCACUGCAUGAUGAACAUCCACAAGCGCUGCGUGCCCAACGUGCCCAACCUGUGCGGGACGGACCACACCGAGAGGAGAGGCCGCAUCGAGAUCAGCGCCGAGGUCAAGACUAACGUUCUCACCGUCACCAUUAAAGAGGCCAGGAAUCUGAUUCCUAUGGACCCCAACGGGCUGUCAGACCCCUACGUGAAGCUGAAGUUGAUCCCAGAUCCACGCAGCGAAAGCAAACAGAAGACCAAGACUAUAAAGUGCUGCCUAAACCCCACAUGGAACGAGACCUUCAAAUUCCACCUGAAGGAGUACGACAAGGACCGCCGCCUGUCGGUGGAGGUGUGGGACUGGGACUUGACCAGCCGCAACGACUUCAUGGGAUCGCUGUCCUUUGGCAUCUCAGAGCUCCAAAAGCAAGGGGUGGAUGGCUGGUUUAAGCUCCUUUCUCAGGAAGAAGGCGAGUACUUCAACGUUCCCGUGGCUCCAGAGGGAGAGGAGGGCAACGAGGAGCUACGGCAGAAAUUUGAGAGGGCUAAAAUCGCAGUGGGCAAAAACACGGAGGGGAAGUCGGCAAACGCAGCCUCCCGGUUCGACUCCAACGGCAACCAAGAUCGCAUACGGCUGUCCGACUUUAACUUCCUGAUGGUGCUGGGCAAGGGCAGCUUUGGCAAGGUGAUGCUGGCGGAGCGUAAAGGAACGGAGGAACUGUACGCAAUAAAGAUCCUGAAGAAGGACGUGGUCAUCCAGGACGACGACGUCGAGUGCACCAUGGUGGAGAAGAGGGUGUUGGCUCUGACCGGGAAGCCUCCGUUCUUAACGCAGCUGCACUCCACCUUCCAGACCAUGGACCGCUUGUAUUUCGUCAUGGAGUACAUAAACGGCGGAGACCUCAUGUAUCAGAUACAGCAGGCUGGCAAGUUCAAAGAGCCCCAUGCUGUGUUCUACGCUGCUGAGAUAGCCAUUGGCUUAUUUUUCCUGCACCAAAAGGGCAUCAUCUACAGGGAUCUGAAGCUGGAUAAUGUAAUGCUGGACUGCGAAGGCCACAUUAAGAUUGCAGACUUCGGUAUGUGUAAAGAAAAUAUGCUUGACGGAGUCACAACCAAGACCUUCUGUGGAACACCAGACUACAUCGCUCCUGAGAUUAUUGCCUAUCAGCCUUAUGGGAAAUCUGUGGACUGGUGGGCUUUUGGAGUAUUGCUUUACGAAAUGUUGGCUGGACAGCCUCCAUUCGAUGGUGAGGAUGAGGACGAGUUGUUUCAAUCCAUAAUGGAGCAUCACGUCUCCUAUCCCAAAUCGAUGUCUAAGGAAGCUGUCGCCAUAUGUAAAGGACUGAUGACGAAGCAUCCGGCCAAACGACUGGGCUGCGGUCCGGAGGGCGAGCGGGACAUCCGAGAGCACAGCUUCUUCCGCUACAUGGACUGGGAGAAGCUGGAGAACAAGGAAGUGCAGCCGCCGUUCAAACCCAGAGCUUGCGGACGGGAGGCCGAGAACUUUGACCGCUUUUUCACGCGCCACCCGCCGGUGCUGACCCCCCCUGACGAGGAGGUGAUUCAGAACUUGGACCAGGACGAGUUCCAGGGAUUCUCCUUUAUCAACCCGGAGUUCCCAGCGAGCGCUGCUACCGCCGCCACUGCUGAGCAGGCUUGAUUUCAGCUCCACGCACCGGAACACGGACUCGCACGCAGAAAACUCCACGGCACACACACACACACACACACACACAGAUUCACAUGCUAUCAAUGGACACGGUGAUGCUUCGAGCACAGAUUUGUUGUUCAGACUUCCACAUCUUAUGUUUACCCCAAUCUGAGGUUCAAAACAUAACUGCAUGAACUGUAGCGCUCUGGAAGUACAAAAAGCAUAGUUAGAAUAACUACAGUGUCUUGCAAAAGAGUUGGUAAACCUUUUUCAUGUUAAACGAAUUUUAGAUGUAUUAUAUUUGGAUUUCUAGACGAUAAAUAUAUGAUAUACGAGGGAAAUGAUCAUUAAAUAACAUUUUUCUUAAUAGAAAUCUGAAAUCUGUGACAUGCAUUUCCAUUAAAUCCUAUUAUAUCUGUAAAUAAAAUCUGCCGAGACACGGCUGUCCAGCGAAGUGGGCCAGGCAAAGAGAGCAAACCAAUGGUAACUCUGGAGGAGCUGCAGGGAUUCAUAGCUCAUGAGAAAGAGUCCGAUUGACAGGUCAGCUUUUCAUCAAGUUGGGUAAGAAGAAACCCAUUUGGAAAAUGAAAAAAAAAAAAAAAAAAAAACACAGAAGUCACCUUUAAAGUUUCCAUAAGUCAUACGAGCGAAAGCCAACAUGUGGAAGAAAGUAUUUUUGGUUUGAGGAAUCGAAAUUUAAAAGUUGAAAGCUGAUGCACAGAUGCUCUGAAAGAACUUUUCUGGUGGAAAAAUUAGCAGAAAUCUCAAAGCUCAGGAUCUCAAAUCUCAGACAUCUCAAAGCUGAAAGUAUGACUACAGAUUUCAUUUAAAAACAAUAUUAACUUUUCAUUUUUUCGAGCUCUGAACAUACGCUCUAUAGUUUUGGUUGGUUCCUAAUAAGAUACCUUUACCUUCUUAGUCGUUACUGGGACUUUGCAAGAUACUGCAGGUAUAUUCUUUAUGCUUUUGCUGUCCGGUUUUUGCUACAGCAAACAAACAAAAAAAAAAAGUAUGCCAUCAGUGUAUUAACCAAUGUAUUAUAAGGAUAUGCAUGACACAGU